GUUUAAAUGGUUUAAUCUGGUUAGGAUUUUUUAGCAACAUUUUAAUCUGCGGGAUAGGGUUGCUGGCCCUAUGCCCAACUCUCCUCUUUUGCCUGGGCUUGGGACCGGCAGUAACUCUCGAAGAGCUACAGGUGGGGUUAUAAUCUGUCGAUUCUCUUAGAUAAUUGGUGCCUGAAAGAAAUCAAGCCAUCCAAAAAAUUACCUGCGUUCUCACUAACAAUUUCAGUUACUUCAUUGUGGGUUUCUGUGAUAUUUCUGGUAUUGUUCGUAUGUACGAUAUACUCGUGUAGGUUAUUUGAAAAUAGGUGUGGUUUUUGCCAGGUUGACCUUGAAUUAAAUCCAACCUCUCAUCUAGGAUUUACUGAACUUCAUUAUGAGGACUGUUUAACGUUAUGUUUUUCACCAAAUAUCCAAUAGCGUUUAAGUAAUCAUUUCAAAAUUUCUGUUUUUUAAACUACAAAUCGCAGUUUCCAAACGGUCUAAUACAGAUUGUCCAUAUUUCGAUGAAACGGCUUGUUGAUAUCGGUGCUAAUCUUACUGACAAAGUCUUCACGGGUGUAUAUCGUGGCGUACUUCAGCAUAAAAAUGAUUAUCACAAUGUUUUAUGUCGAGCCAGGAAAUGUGGUGUGGAGAAAAUAAUUAUAACUGGAGGAUCACUCACUGAUAGUGCAGAAGCUAUUUCCCUAUGUGAAUCUGAUGAGGACCUCUUUUGUACAGUUGGAUGCCAUCCUACAAAAUGUUUGGAGUUUAACGAUGAUCCCGAUAACUACCUUAAUAAACUGGAAAACCUAAUUCUCACGACGAAAAAAGUAGUAGCUGUUGGUGAAUGUGGUCUCGAUUAUGACCGUGAAGAAUUUUGCCCAAAAGAUAUCCAGAAAGAAUAUUUUGACAUCCAACUUAAGUUGGCCAGUGAUGUUAAUCUACCCCUGUUUUUGCAUUGUCGAGCUGCACAUGAAGAUUUUCUAAACAUGAUCAAAAAUGCUAAGCAUAAAUAUUUUCAAAACAAACCUUUUCGAGGUGUUGUACACUCAUUUGAUGGGACAGAUGAAAUGGUUAAGUGUUUCACUGAUAUGGGAUUGUAUAUUGGUGUCAACGGUUGCAGUCUGAAAAACCAAAGUAAUUUGGAAGUUGUGCAGAAAAUUCCACUUGAUCGGCUUUUAUUAGAAACAGACGCUCCUUGGUGUGAUAUUAGAAGAACUCAUGCAGGAUAUCAUUUUGUUAAGACACAUCACACUUAUCGCAAGCAUAAUUCAUGGGAUGAAUCCCACAUGGUCAAAGGACGCAAUGAACCCGCUAACCUUGUUCAAGUUCUAGAAAUUGUUUCUGCUGUGAAACGAGUAAGCGAAGAAGAGCUAGCUGAAGUAACAUAUCGAAAUUCAAUUGAUUUAUUUUCGUUGACAAUAUAAAGCUUUAUAAAAAUUAAAUUCUUAGUAAGAAGAGCCAGUUUUGAUAGACAUCAGCAUUUUUAGCUAUGCGACAAACGUUCCUGCGUGCUUCUGGGUUGCUAAAAGUACUUACAUAUUUGUGUUAGUGCUGAUCAAAAUAGAAAGAAAAAAAUGAACUUAGGUUUUUGCGAAAAUGUGUUAAAAAAGCUGGUAUAGACAGCUUUGAAAUAUGCCUGGCUUAUUCAGUUCCAUAGACCAGUCACCUAGCAUACAUUAAAGACUAACAUCUAUAAUUUCCGAAUAUACAUCACAAAGGUGUACAGAUUGGGAAUUACAGUUUGUCUUUCUACUCAUAAAUUGCCAACUUUUCGUAAAAUUAAGAUAAAAACAAUAGCUUUGAUGCAGUGUAACUUACCAUUAGGGAUAACCGAAUUUUUAAAAUCGGUAUCCGUGGUGUUCAACUCUUAGUGUUUGUGACUCCCCUAUAAUUCAUAGUUAUCUUUUGUAAUUUUUUACAGGUCAGGUCAGCUACAACGUAGGACCAGGC